GUCACCAUCAACAAGGACGUGCCUUAUCCCGUAAAGGAACCCCCGCAGGUCAUCACCGUCAAGAAGCCCUACACCGUGAAAGUUCCCGGCCACCGCCACUACGUGGACGUGCCGGUCCCUUCGCCUCCCCACAUCGUGAACAAGAUCAAGUACCAUUAUGUCACUGUGCAUGACUACAACUGCGACUCCCAUUUCGACAAGUGGUACUAUGCUUGGUCUGGCGCGAAGAAGCAAUGGUGCUGCGCGCACCAGCACCUGGGCUGCCCAGGAUCUUGGCACCAUCACCACGUGGUGACCAUUACUGGUGUGCAGCAUCUCAAGCACUAUGAUUGCCAUGCCGGCUUGUCCAACUGGUAUCACGGCUGGUCCCACGUCAAGAAAUCCUGGUGCUGCGACCACCAUCAGCUGGGCUGCCCUGGCAUGGCGCACGGGCAGUGGCACCCUCACACUGUGGUGCACACCAUCAUGGGCCACCAUGCCGGCCAUGGCGGAUAUGACUGCGACGCAGGCUACUCCAAUUGGGAGCACGGCUGGUCGUACCACAAGAAGACGUAUUGCUGCGAGCACGAGCACAAGGGCUGCCAGCCAUACCACUGCCACCACCACGAGGAGCACGACACGUGGUCGGAGGACAAGCGCGACUAUUGCUGCGGCCACUUCCAAAUCGCCUGCGCCGCAACCACGCUGUCGCCUCUUGGGUGUGACGCC